UUUGCUUUUUGGUCAAUUUUUUACAACCGUUAAAAUGGCCGAGCUGAGUGCCAUCAUUGAACGUCAAAACGAACUUUUCGGGUUCAUAUCUCGCACGGUUGAAAAUCUAAACAAGUUAGGCAAAGAUAACAUUACGCUAGGCGCAAUCAAGGGAAGAAUUAAGAAGAUUAACCAGCAAUGGGAAGAAUAUCAAGACAAUCAUAAGAAAUUGCUAACUCUUGAGGUGAAACGCGAAGAGUUCCCCUAUUUUAGGCAAAAUCUAAUGAAGGCAGUGGAUGAAUCCUAUGCCAAACAGAUAGGUGUGUUACUUGAUUUAGAAAUCGCGGCUACUCCUAUGCAAGCACCUUCCCAAGCACCCCAUUUUCCACCCGAAUUGGUUGAACUUCUUCAAGCCUUACGUGCGCAACCACACACCCAACCUCCUGUACAGCCUGUUGUGCAACUUCAGAGUCAAUUGCCUCGCAUAAAUUUGCCAAAAUUUGACGGCAAUUACACCCAUUGGCCACAAUUUCGAGAUCUUUUCACGUCUCUUGUUGGGUCAAAACCUAACCUACCACCGGUAGAAAAAUUCCAUAAUCUAAAAACCAGUUUAGAAAAGGAAGCCCUUCAAUUGAUCAAUAAUUUAGCAAUAACAGACGACAACUAUCAAAUAGCUUGGGAUAAACUGAAAAACAAAUAUGAAAACAAACGUUUGCUAGUGAACGCACACCUUGCAUCCCUCGAUGCGAUUCCUCCUGCGAAGUCCGAGUCAGCGACUGAACUCAAACGCAUUCUCUUGUCAACCAUUGAGGCUAAGGAUGCUCUCCAAGCCUUGGGCAGGCCUGUCGAUAAUCACGAAGACUGGCUCGUGCACAAGACCACUAAGCGUCUUGACCCUCAAACACGACGCGAUUGGGAGACUGCGAACGGGGCAGCCAAUGACCCCAUCUCUUUCGGUGAAUUGCAAAAAUUCCUCGAAACUCGUAUAAAGGCACUAGAAGCCAUUAACGAGAAAACUCUUACGAACCCAGCAAAACAGGUUCAUCAAACUAAAAGCUUUUUUCCCUAUAAAAAAGGAAAAUCUGACGUGAGCUCACAUCACGUUGCAACUACGAAAUUACAAAAUUCGUCAAGUCCACGUACUUGUUCGCUAUGUUCACAAGAGCAUUUUAUCUGGAAAUGUGAUCAAUACAAAGCACUCCGCCCUUGUGAGAAAAGGCAGACUAUAAUUUCUAAAAAUCUCUGCCUAAACUGCCUAGGCGCUCACAAAGUUCAAGAAUGCAAGUCAAGGUUUCACUGUUUUAAAUGUUCGGAAAAACACCAUACGUCUAUGCACGGAGUUAAUUCUGGUGGUUCGUCACGCUCUCACUCGCAGACCAUGACAGAGAACACAGCACCUGCGCCUGUACUAUCAGAGUUGCCCACACAACUUCAGAGUCCUCAAUCAUCACUCCUGCAAGUUGUAAAUCACUCUUCAUGUACAACACCCAAACCUUCACUUUUGGCAACAGCUUACAUCAGAGUUAUUGCAGCGUCCGGCGCAAAAAGCUACACCAGAGCACUCGUUGACUCCUGUUCUACCGACAACUUGGUUUCUGAAUCUCUGUCCCAGCGACUGAGAUUACCCAGACGUUCAGCCCAAUAUCCAGUCAGUGGAACUGGCAAAAAAGCAACUUGCAUUACACGGGGAGCAGUGUCCUUCGAAGUGAAGCCUCAUUUUGAUUCUGAUUACAAGAUUCCAGUCAACGCCUUUGUAGUGAGGGAUCUCACUCAUUACGUCCCGAACUGUCAAGACGAUCAGCUCAAUCUGCCGCAUUUAAAAGACAUACAAUUUGCUGAUCCAGAUCACUCGUCUUCACAACCAAUUGAAGUGAUUCUUGGAGUUGGAUCGUACUCUAGAAUCCUCGAAGAAGGCAUCCGUAAGGGCCCUGAUCAUACUCCAAUCGCACAGAAAACCGCACUCGGAUGGAUAUUGCUCGGUGAGCUAUCCACUGAUGUCGAUCCAUCGCAACCAGCCACUCUCGCAAGUCACCAGUGUCACAUUGACAAACAUCUCCCAGAGCUCCUUCAAAAAUUCUGGGAACAAGAAGAAAUUUUAAUCAAGUCACAACACUUCAGUGACGAAGAGCAAUUUGUUGAGGACCAUUUUAAGAGAACACAUUCUCGAGGUCCAGAUGGCCGAUACACGGUAUGUUUACCAAUUAAGCAACCAGAGAUUCAACUUGGUGACUCUCUGACCCCAGCGACACGCAUGUUUCAAUAUAUGGAACGACGUUUUUCACGCAACGAUGAGUUACAAGAGCAUUAUUCCAAAUUUAUGGAUGAGUACCUUGAAUUAGGUCACAUCGAGAAGGUAGACGUUACAAGUGAAUCAUCCCCACCUUCAAGGUCGUUUUACCUACCUCAUCAUGGUGUCUUGAAAGCCACUAGCACAACCACCAAAUUACGUGUCGUGUUUAAUGGCUCCCAAAAGACAGACAUGGGGAAUUCUCUCAACGCACAGCUCUGCGUUGGCCCCAAACUCUUACCAGAACUUCCUGAAGUUCUGUUAAAAUGGCGAUCGCACAAAAUCGCCAUCUCAUCGGACAUGGAGAAAAUGUAUAGACAGAUUUGGGUCCAUGAGAGCGACAGAGACCUCCAACGUCUCUUGUGGUAUGAUCGAGACACCAAAACAAUGGCUACUUAUCGUCUUACCACCGUUCCUUUUGGAUUGUCAUCUUCACCAUUCCAAGCAAUCCGCACACUUCAUCAAUUAGCAGACGAUGAACAAGAAAAUUAUCCCGUCGCUGCUAAACUUCUCAAGACUGACGCCUACGUCGAUGACAUCUUGUCAGGCGCCGACGAUUUACCGACUGCCUUUGUGAUACAAGAGCAGCUGAUCAAUCUCCUCAAGGCGGGCGGUUUUGCCUUGAGAAAGUGGACUUCCAACAAUAGAAGUCUUGUAGAUCGCCUGCCAGCUGACAUGGUUGCUCAAUCCAACUUAAAUUGGCAAUCAAGUCCAGUGUAUAAAAUGCUCGGGUUAACCUGGCAACCCGAUGCUGACCAUUUCAUCUUCAACGUGAAGAUGUCAGAGUUGCCUUCCAAAACUACUAAACGCCACGUGCUCUCCAUGAUCGCACAGCUGUUUGACCCUCUAGGCUGGCUCGCCCCAGCGAUCGUGACUGCAAAAAUCUUUAUGCAAUCACUCUGGCAACUAGACUUAGGUUGGGAUGAACCCUUGCCAGACUGCAAGUCCAAUAAGUGGAAAAAUUUCUACUCCCAACUGAAUCUACUCGCACAAGUCAAGAUACCAAGGUAUAUCGGACUUUCACCAUCUAAUCGUCUUUGCGAACUCCAUGGGUUUUCCGAUGCUUCGGAGCAAGCAUACUCGGCUGUCCUCUACAUACGAGUGUCAAACAACAAUGACUUGUCAACAGUCAGAUUACUGGUUUCAAAAACCAAGGUUGCGCCAUUGAAAAUGAUAACCUUGCCCAAGUUGGAACUGAACGCAGCUCUUCUGCUGGCUAAACUUUCAUCGGUGGUGCAAACUACACUCAACUUACAGCAGGUACCUCUGCACUUGCACUCUGAUUCGACCAUAACACUCCAUUGGAUCAGAGGUCAUCCUACUCGAUGGAAAACAUUCGUGGCAAACCGAGUCUCUCAAAUUCAAAGACUCGUACCAGAUGGUCACUGGCACCACGUCUCAUCAGGGGACAAUCCAGCUGACAUCGCCACUCGCGAACUGGACAUUUCAGACUUCAUCCAACGGGAUAAUUGGUGGAACUGUUCGGCCUUAUGUCUCACUGACGUCACACCAUGGCCCACAUCCACAAUCAUUCCAUCUCCUGAUGCUGUCCUAGAAGAGAAAACCAUUGUUGUUCAUCAAACAAUACCUACCAUCAAGGAACCAUGGGAUCUUAUUCAAAGAUACUCUCAACUUACCAAAUUAUCUUCGGUAACAGCAUGGAUUCUACGCUUUGUGACAAACGCUGCUGAGCGUAAGAGCAUCAAGUUAAGCUCACGUGGAGCUCACGACAUCGUGUCCCAUUCAAGGAAUGUGUCACCUCUAGAACUUGAAAACGCCAAACAAUUUUGGAUUCAUCAAGUUCAGAAACAAUACUUCCAACGAGAGAUUGAUCGACUUACCCACGAUCCUCUCUGCAAUAUCAAGGGACCUCUCGCACGUCUUACACCAUUCAUCGACGAUCAUGGACUUCUACGGGUCGGAGGUCGUCUGAAACACUCGCUUCUCGAUGCUGAUGAAAAACAACCAGUCAUUCUGCCACGAGAGUCGUUUUUCACCACAUUGAUUAUUCGUUAUUAUCAUGAAAAAACUCUUCACGGUGGCAUCCAACUAACUCUUUGUCAAAUCCGUCGCAAGUACUGGAUUUUAAGAGGACGCAGCGCAGUGAAAACUAUCAUCUUUAAAUGCCUUAAGUGUUGGAGACAGCGUAAAGCAACAGCUCAACAGCUGAUGGGAAACUUACCUAAAAAUCGCGUUACUCCAUCAAGAGCUUUUCUCAACACUGGAGUUGACUACGCUGGACCAAUCUGGUUAAAAACCACAAAAGGGCGUGGCCAUAAAGCAAACAAAGGCUACAUCUCAGUCUUCGUGUGUCUCGCCACACGAGCAAUCCACCUCGAAGUUGUAUCAGAUUAUACAUCCGACGCGUUCAUUGCAGCCUACAAAAGAUUUACGGCAAGGCGCGGAAUAUGUGCUACCCUACGUAGCGACUGCGGUACUACACUCGUGGGAGCCGACGCAGAGUUGAGAAAACUUUUCGAUUCAGCUCGACAAGAAUCGCGACACAUUGAGCAUCUUCUCGCUCAAGACGGAACCCAGUGGAUUUUUAACCCACCUGCCGCUCCACACUUUGGUGGGAUUUGGGAGGCAGGCGUGAAGUCUACCAAGCACCAUCUAAAGAGAACUAUCGGUGAGUCGACCAUCACCUUUGAAGAGAUGUCGACCUUGCUCGCACAAGUCGAAGCGUGUCUCAACUCACGGCCGCUUCAAGCCCUAACGGACGACCCUGACGACUUGUCAGUUCUAACCCCUGGACACUUCCUCAUCGGAGGUCCUCCAGCUACAAUUCCGGAGCCCUCUCUUGCUGACAUCUCAGUCAAUCGACUCUCCCGUUGGCAACUCAUACGUCAACAGUACGAGCAUUUCUGGCAGAGAUGGUCUCACGAAUAUCUUCAUGAAUUCCAAACUCGCUCAAAAUGGCAAACUCGUGAGCCACAAGUCAAAAUUGGAGACUUGGCAGUGCUAAAAAAUGAACUGCAACCACCUUCCAAGUGGGUUCUUGCCAGAAUCAUUGACGUUCAUCCCGGUCAAGACGGAGUUGUUCGAGUCGUAACGUACGCACAGCCACUUCGACUUUCAAGCGCCCAAUCGUCAAGCUCUGUCUGCUUCCAAGGACAGACGAAAAGGAUGACAUCGCCUGAAGUUACUUGUGCUUGCUAUUAUCUCAGUGUAUUAGUGUGA